AUGCUGAUGGAGGUGCGUUACGUGCUAUGUGCGUUGGCCCUCGCGUUCUGCUAUGCAACGCUGCCUGUGACGGCUUCGGGUGCUGGCCAACCAUCAGAGGUGCUGGCGCCUCCGGGAUCAGAAGCGAAGAGCGGGGAUGAUUCUACAAAGAAAUGUGCGGUCUUGAGUAACGUGAAGAAAGACGAGAAAGACCAAUACAUCGUCGUUACUUCCGCCACAGCGGCUUCUACUACGGGAAAAUAUGUUAUGGAUUUUGAUGCUCCCAUACCCAAGGAAAAUAUAUUCGAGGUUCCUGUCGGAUCCACCGCGACCGUGAGCAAAGAUGGGAAAGUCGAAUGCACGAAGAUGCCGGAAGCUGUAUCCUCCCUGGCCCAGCUGAUGAGCUGUACAGCAGAGGGACGCGGAGGGACUGGUGAUCCCAACAAAACUACCGUCCUUCUCACUAUCAUAACAAGUGUAACGAGAGAUUCUACGAAACCCCCAACGACUGCUACAAGCAAUACUUUCAGGGUUCCAGUUGGGUACAAUGUGACUGUUGUCGAUGGGACCGCGGUUGAUUGCACACCAAUAACUGGCUACAUCUUCCCAGAGCCCCCAGUGCCGAAGCGAGAUGAAAUUCAAGAGAACCGUCUCUCUGAUGCACCCCCUGAUGUUUCUGCGCAAGAAGAAGCGCCCCUCGCAUCGACCACGAGGAGUGAUCCCACGCCGGUGUCUCCCGUGGAAGAGAAAGAUUCUAUGAAAGAAACCCCGGUCUCAAGUGCUUCUGCGGAUAUCGCAAAGAGGCCUCCCUCGGCAGAAGAGGGCGCUUCUGUUUCUUCCCUUCUACCCGACAGCGGUAAGAGCAUUCCGCAGAGUGAGAAGCCUCCUGUCCGAAAUUCAGACGGAACCAGCAGCGUUAUGUGGGUGCGUGCGCCUCUGCUGCUGCUGCUUGCAGCACUGGCCUCCAUUGCCCUGUGUUGA